GGACAAAAAAAUAAUAACGCCGAUUAAGAAGUACAGGAGAUUAAGACGGGGACAGCCGAGAGUAACGCACGCCGCGGGUUAGUCUCCCCUAGUUCACGCUGACUCACCUGAAACGAGUAACAGAAGACGACAAAGCGAAGCUUUUUUCGAAGAUGAUGUCGGCGGCGCGCGGGGCGUCUCCGCGGCGGUCGUGAUGUCGCGGACCGGACGCUGAAGUUAGCUCGCUGGCUAGCCGGAGACCGCCGGCCGCACGGCGCCGCCUCUGCCGAGAAGCGUGCGACGACUCGCGGCGAUUUCUAUGGACGAACGUCCAUUACCGGGGGAUUUUAGACAGCUGCCAAACAACGGGUACGUCUCCUGGAAAAGGUUCCAUCCUCCCACCGAGUGUCAUGGACAACGUGAAGCCACGCAGUUUUAGCAAUGAUGAGGAUGAAGAGCUACACUCCACAGACCAAGAGAGUAAAGAGAAGGGCAAAGAUAAAAAGACGCUGUGCAAAGUAAAGUGGUCCCGAGAUGAGGAUGAAAAGCUGAAAAAACUCGUAGAGCAGCAUGGACCCGACUCCUGGAAACUAAUAGCUAACUUUUUCUCCGGGAGGACAGAUGGCCAAUGUCAGCACCGCUGGCAGAAGGUGCUCAACCCAGAGCUGGUAAAAGGACCCUGGACAAAGGAGGAGGAUCAGAAGGUCAUCGACCUGGUGCACAAGUACGGCCCGAAGCGCUGGUCGGUGAUCGCCAAGCACCUGCAAGGGAGGAUCGGGAAGCAGUGCCGAGAGCGGUGGCACAACCACCUCAACCCGGAGGUGAAGAAGUCUUCGUGGACUCAGGAAGAGGACAAGAUCAUCUACGACGCCCACAAACGACUCGGCAACCGCUGGGCCGAGAUAUCCAAGCUCCUCCCCGGCCGGACGGACAACUCCAUCAAGAACCACUGGAACUCCACCAUGAGGAGAAAGGUGGAGCACGAGGGAUACCUGCAGGACGGCUGCAAGAGCUUCGCCGCCUCUCACGCCGGUUUGAAGAGACGCCACCACAGGCCGUGUCCCCCGCCGCCGCCGCCGGAGCUGCAGCUGUGCGAUCGCAGUCCCCUGCCUCCACCGGCACCACCCAACCAGAUGGGGGGUUAUGCGUACGAUCCUCGCAGCAGACACCCGAUGGACGGCCUGCCGGAUCACUCUGGCUUCGCCUUGCCGUUCUGCCCGGACGAUCCUGACAGAGAGCAAAGAAUUAAGGAGCUUGAGCUGCUGCUUAUGUCAGCAGAGAAUGAAGUCCAGCGGCAAGCGCAGUGCAGAGGUCCACGCAGUUUGGAGCAGUACUCGGCCUGGUCCGUCAGUGUGUCGGACGAAACGUUGGCAGCGGGCAGCAGCAGCAGCGUGGAGGAGCAGGCGGAGAGAAGGCCCUGGACGGGGCCCGAGGACCCCCGAGGGCCUCCUCCACAGCUUCCCGUCUCCCCCAGCAAGUUCCUGGCUGUAGAGGCCAGCGCCGUGCUCUCCACCCUGCAGACCAUACCGGAGUUCGCAGAGACCAUGGAGCUCAUUGAUUCGAUGUGUUUCGCUCUGCAGGACCCCGGCGCGUGGAACGACGUGGCCAGUUUCGACGUGUCGGAGACGGCGACGCCUCCCCGGCACAACCAGGCAGGCUACACCACUCUCCUGCAGGAGAGGACCGUAGACACCUCGAUGGCCUUCGCGGUCAACACUCCGCCCGCCGUCCCGGGUCCCGAUAAGAACGGCGCUUUGUUCGGUGUCGCCUCCUCGACCCCGAUCAAACACCCGCAAGCCUCCGGCGGGAGGAGGCAGAGGAGGGAGAGGGGGGAGCCGUCUCCUUCGCGCGACAGGGCCCGCUCUCCGUUCUUGGAAGACAUCACGAAUUCUCCCAGGAAAACGCCGACAAAGUCGCUGCCAUUCACCCCGUCACGAUUCUGCAACGUAUCGGGGGCGGAGCAUCUCAAUCUCGAUAACCCCUCCCACACCUCAACGCCCGUGUGCGGCCAACGGUGUCUCCUCCACACGCCGCUCUACAAAGAGACCACACCUAAGCACCAGAAAGAGAACGAUGGUUUACGGACCCCGAAAUUCCGUAAAACUGUCAUGAUUCCGACCCCGAGGACACCGACUCCCUUCAAAAAUGCUUUGGCUGCUCAGGAGAAAAUGCACGGGCCACUAAGGAUGGAGCCACAGCCUCUGGCAUUUCUAGAAGAAGACAUUCGAGAAGUUUUAAAGCAGGAGACCGAGGCAGACAUCUUUAACAGAUCGGACCUGCAGCCAGAUUACAGAGCAUGGAAACACAAUAUUGACGGCCCGGCAAGAAAGGUGCGCAAGUCUCUUGUGUUGGACCCGUGGGGGAAAGACUGCCCCAAUGUCCAACUCUUCCAAGAGCAGCUGAACAACGCACAAGUGUCCGGUGAACGCGUCCUCACAGGCGCUUCGCUCGCCACCCGGACCCCCGAGAAAGAAGGGACGAGCCGCUCGUUGACUCCCGGGCGAGGGGAGCCCUCGUUGGUGGCCGCUCGUCCUCCCCGCUUCACCAGCCCCCGCGCGAAGAAGCUCCUCGCCUCCGGCAAGGCGCCAAAACACGCGGGACCGGUGAGCGAGUGGGAAGCGGUGGUUUACGGGAAAACGGAGGACCAGCUGAUCAUGACGGAACAGGCCCGCAAGUACCUGAACCCCUACACGUCGUCGGGCUCUACCUCGAGGGCCCUGGUGCUUUAAGGCCGUCACCCUCGCUGCGCAUGCAACACUACUACCCCCCCUUCUACCCCCGCCUACCCCGUCCAGCAAGCGAAGCCUCCACUUUAUCCUGUGAGAGACAAUCCAACAAAACACAAACCAGCUUAUCUUUCUUUGGAGCAGCGAUGGGCUUGCCGAGGACGGCCACACUUUACACUUCACUGCCCAAGUAGUUUGUUGAUUCUGUUUUUCCUUUGAAUGCACCAAACGUGGCAACCGGAGCUUUUUUCGCACAGAUAUGAAAAGGGCGGACGUUCUUUCUGCACUAGCGAGUACUGAAACAACCGUCGCAUACAGCAGCAAAAUACUGUUUAUUGCUUUGAGUUUUUUAAAUCGUUAAUAUAUUGUUGACAUGAGAAGACGUUUUACAAGCAACACUACUCAUCGGUAACGGAAGCCAUCGCUGAGAACUAAGAAAAGAGAACGUGAAGCUUCCCUUUGACACCCUUUUCCUUAAGAACAAUUCACACCGCCGGUCUUUAACGAGACUCCUACAGUGCAGAACAUAAUGUCACACAUUGCUGAGAGAAACAGAAAUGCAGCAACGUGUUUGGUUUUUGUGAGGCGGGCGAUCCACGCCGGUGUGGCGCUUCUGGAAAGGAUGGAAAAAGGAAACGGUCAGUGUUGCACUACUGAGUUGAUUUGGCUGCUGUGGACGGAGCAGCGCAUGUAAGGGCAAACUGGAUAGCACUUGUGACGGUGUCUUUUUCCAACAACGCGUUUCCUUUCCGAGGCCGUAGUGUCUGUCGAGACGCCGGUUGAAUGUAUUUUCAUUGCAAUGAAAAAAAAAAAACUGAAAAUGGAAGGGUACCUUAAUGUUUAUUUCUGUUUUUAUUUAUUAUCUGACGGCUCUAAAGCUUAGAUAUUAAUAUAAAUCGAACAAUAUGAGUUUUUACAAAGUUUAACUAACUAAACGAAGUUUAGCUAACAAAACAGCCUAAAACAAAACAGCCUAAAAACUCUAAAAACUGUUUUUAUAUCAUUAGUGAUCUAUUACAAGCAUUUGUUUGAGAACGAUUUUCUUUUCAUGUGAAGGCUGUAGGUUUUAUUUAUUUAAUAUCUGCUAAUUUAUUUAUUCCAACAACAAAAAACACAUUUAAGAGAAAUUAUUGAAGAAUUUUAUUGUUUUUUUUCUUUCUUUUAAAAUCAGAAUUGGGCUACAACUUAGUUUCAUUACUCCGAGUUAGAUGAAGAUGCACCGGCUCCAAUUCAUUACGUCCAUUUGUUUUUUCCAUCGGACUAACCCAUAAUCAUUGUAUAGUUGUACCUGUGAUCUUGUAAGUUUUAGCUUGGACAUUUUCUUCCCUUUCGAUUUAAAUGUGUACUCCGCUGUUAGCCAGCAGGAAUCCAUCUCCGACCUCUAAUCAUAGACAAAUUGCACUUUUUACUCAUGAUUUUUAAAAAAUGUUUGUUCAUUCUGACGUUGUAGCUUUUGUCCUUAUUUUUAUUUUAAUGUUGGACGUGUGUGUGUGUGUGUGUGUGUGAGAGAGACAAUUGUCUUCCAGUUUUGUACUGAAUGCUGACAUUACAAUCCUGCUGCUUAACGUGUUCAUUUCUCCUGCUCUGCUGCAGAAUUUGGUUCAAAUACACAAUUGAAGCCUCACAAAAAAAACUUCUAUUUUGUUUUUAGACCAAUGGCUCAGAGCAAAGACCCCAAACCCGUUCCCUCAUUAUUUAACACGUAAAAAGGAAGUGUUGACAAAAUGUAAAUAUGCACAAAUUUUGGUGUGAUUCUGAAGGAUUGUGCUGCGCUGUGCUUCCAUGUUAACAGGCCGAUUGAUUUCCAACCACCCUGAAACAAACCGUCUAUAAUCUGGUGAAGUGACACAACAGAAUGGUCUUCGUAUUACCAGCAUUAUCAGAUCCAGUGUCAGUUAUAAUCUGGAUUAUCCAGCAUUAAGCGUUUUCAGUGAGAAUAAGAAGGGAAUCUUGUCAGGAGAUGGAAGUGGAAAGAUCAGGAGUGAGUCUACGGGAUACAACCCUAAAACCGCAAGUAGACUAACGGCCACAGAGGGUUGUUUUAAAACUGGUGUCUAAUCUGUAUAUACAUGUGUUAAAUGUUCUGUUUGUGGGUUUGACUUGUGUUUAUACAAUAACAACAUUUGGCCAUGUGUCAUAGGUUUUUAGGGAACUAAGUACACAUACAGGACAGUAGCAGCUCUUAUGUCCUACUGUAGUUACGCACGAGCAAUAAACAGAUGCUGGACUUUGCUUUGCUGUAACACGCACUCCGAAUGACGUAGCACGCACUGUAUUUUUUCAGUCAUAACCACGGUACCAUAGAAAUCAUGCCAACCAUCUAUGUAACCAUGUACUUAAUUUUGAAAAAAUAAAUGAAUAUGUUGCAUGACA